AAUUUUGUCGCAUUGUGUAAAGUGCCAAUUACAUCCACACAUUAUCAGGGCCCGAUUUCAGGCCCGAAAAAGAAUAUUUUUUCGUUUCACCAAAUAUCAGUACAUCGUUUACAAUAUUUGAAAUGUAAAAAAAAAUUGGUCAUACGCACAAAUACCAAACAUUGAACCUUUUUUGGUGAUUAGCGACAAAGUAUUGUUAACGAUGUGCUGAUAUUCUAUGGAAAAAAACGAUGAUCAGGCCCGAAAUCGGGAAGUGUGGAUGUAAUUGGCGCUUAUAUUCUGUCCCUCACGGGCGCAUGCGGUAUAGAAAAGAGUAAAGUAACUAUAUGAGCACAUCUAAAUGAUCCUACCAUCUAUGGAAUACAUACAAGGGUAUCCAUUUGUGUCAUACAAACGCUUGCUGUAAAAGCGCCCGUGCUGAUAAGACCAAAAGGUGUUAAGCAAAUAAUAAUUUAAUAUCCUGGUAACAAUUUUUGCAAAUGUCAAUUAUUUGACGUUCCGUUUGACAGCUAGUUAGUGACAGCUGACAGAUCUCAGCUGGCGAUUCCGUUCCAUACUGUGUUAUUUGUAAAUAUUUAACAAAUGUGUUUUAGAAACAAAGAAGUGUUAUUGUAACAAGAUCCUUAGUAAUUCCGAUAUAAAAAAUGGCGACUAUGGUGAAAGAGAAGCCUCGUGCGAAGAAGAAAAGCAAAGAGAAACGCGUUACAAGUACUGAGAUACCUGAAGCAGGGGCUUCUAUAAGCAAUAUGCCUAUAAUUGAAGAGAAUAUCCCUUCUGCUCAAGCUGUUAUUGAAGAAGAUAUAGUUGAAGAUACAGAUUUACCCAGUAUAUGUACUCAUGAACAGACUGUAUUAAGUGUAAAUGAAUCCGCUCAAAAAGAAACUUUAAUAGAAGCAGAUCAAAGCUCAAUUCCAAUUGCAGAAUGCUCGAAAAUACAGAGUCAAGCAAGUAUAGAUAAUCAAAUAUCAUCACAAAGUCAGUGUUUAGAUCCAACACAAAGUGCAUAUAAAGAUGUGUGCCAUAGUCUAGAUAUAAUCACUCUUAAAGAUGUUCCAGUAUCUGAUUUACCUAUAGAAGAACUGGAAACAAAAUUAAAAGAGUCAGCGUUAGCUUAUACAAUUCAAGGCACUGAUCAUAUGCAAUCAGUUGAAGAUACUACUGAAAGUAUAUCUACUAGUGUGUUAGAAAAUGUAGCACCAUCAGCUCCUAUAUUUGAAGAAUCAAUGAUUCCAGAAACAACCCAGGAACUUCAAACAACAAAUGAAGUUAGACUGGAAAAAUUACAAUGUAUGCCUUUAGAAGUAGCAAUGCACAUAUUUGGGGGGAAAGAGAUGGCAGAGAUAAGGGAGAUGAGUGAGAGAGAGGAAACUUUGGCAGAAGGUGGAAAAGCAUUGAGGCCGGAACAUCCUCUGGUGGACUUGUUGUCAACUUACAGAUGUUCAGCAAUAGCAUUAGAGCAAGAAAACGAAAAGGUCGCCAAAGGAUACCAGGAUGAGGAAAAAAGCAGAGCUGCUCUAUGGAGAGUGGAGAAGAAGACAGUCUCUGUCACGCAAAAGUGUGGUCAGUGUGAGCGUAGCAUCUCUUACACAGGACAGUACGAGCACGCUACGCUGCUGAAGGAGAAGCUGCCUGCCGCUCAGCUUCGUUUGGAGGGCCUGCUGAAAGACGUGAACGAGUCAUACUGCACGUACCAGCACCAGGCGUUGCUGGCUUACUAUCAGAUAGAAGAAUUCAUCUCAGAAACUGUCCGAGGCAACGUUGGAGACAUCAGAGAAGCCCUAACCUUAGUACUUCAAGAGUUGCGCGCGAGCAGCUCCAUCACCUGUCUGAAGAUGGAGUACUUCACGGAUUCCUUAAAGCGCUGGGCGCGGGCGCUGUGCGGCGCUUUGCUUGCUAAAAGUGACGUUAGGCAGCUACUGUUCUUGCUUCACCAGCUAUUCAGACAAACCCAUUCAGUGCGAUGGGCGGCCCCUCUGAUUAGACUCCCGAUGUGUGAUACAAGCGACGCGGCACGGGCCCUGGCCAUACUGGACCUUUUGCUGUCUGCACCCGUCUUGGAGACGGCUAAGGAAUGUACUGAAGCAGAGAACGAGGAGAUGUGGGAGGAGGUGGACCGGCACGGCGGCGCCGGGGCCGUCAGCGAGGGCGCCUUGCGGGAGCAGGACCUGCUGGCGUUGUUGAAGGCGUUCCCGCUGCGGGCGCUCGCGGCGCGCCUCGCGCUCCUACAGCGGACUGACAUAACCCAAACCCGUCCAUACGAAUGGGACCACGCAGCGCGAGACGUGCUCCGUGCGUGCUGCGGCGUGCGCACGCUGCUCGCCGUGCUCACGCGCGCUGUGCGCACGCACGCACAAUACUCGCGCCUGCGCGCUGAGCUGCGCGCACUGGGACACCAUGCUAUGUGGGCGGUGGCUGACUUGCACAAACAUAAUAGAGCCUCGUACCCCAAAGAACUAUCAACCCAAAUCUCGGGCGAGCUGGAAGCCAUAUUCACGGACGGCUGGGUGCUGGCGAGCACGGAGCCCCCGGGCUGCCGGGCGCCGCCCGCGGCUCUGCUGCGGCGCGCCGCCCGGCCCGCCUACUGCGUGGCCCUGAUGACCCACUUACACGAAAAACAACCAUUAGUGAUAGACUGUUUAUCGCUAUCGCUGUCUCUUUCCUGCGGGCAGUGCGUGCACGUCGCGACGCAAGUCGCAAGUUGCGAGGACAAUGCAGAGAUACCGGCCAUGGUCGUCGAUUUCCUUGUACAGGUGGCAUUAAAACCAAAGAGGCGCUGCAACGGCUCGUGCAUGGAGGCGGCUCGAGAAUGUCUCCCCAAACUGCUGUCGCGACACGACUAUUUAUACGCCAGGGCGGUACAUAGCAUAGCUUACGUUCAUCAGUUGGAACCACUGCAGCCAACAGCGGCCAUUUUGAAACCGUUCUGCCUUCAAAGAUGGCGGCCGUCGACGGGCGAGAUACGCGCCGUGCUCGACGACUGGUCGCAACGCAGCCCGCAACUGUUGCCGUGUCUAUUACAAGAACUUAGUUAUACACCUUAUGAUGGGCUGUCACUGGAGUCGCAGCUGACGAUCGGCUCGUGGCUGUGCGGCGUGGCGGCGCCGGCGCCGGACUGGGCCUGGGACGUGCUCGUACGGCUGCGCGUGCACAGGUCCAGCUGGCGGCUGCCAUUGGACGCGCCUCCGCCGGAGCAAACGCAAAAUGUAUUCGCGGAGGCCUACGCGGUCUUGUCUAGUUCCUGGGGACAUUCCUUACCAUUGAUUUGCGAGUACGGCGCCCCCGCGCUGGUUCGCGUUGCAACAGCGCGCGCGCCGGUGGCGGCGCACGCGCUGCCGCUCCUGAUGGCCGCCAUGAUGCACUCGCCCGCGUCCGUCUCGCUCACACCACUGUUCUCAUCGCUGACGAGCACAUUGCUAGCGCCGCCGCAGUCCCUGGUGCAGUGGGCGCGCGGUGAAAAGGCAGCUACCCCCGAAAUCCUGCUGAGGAGAAUGCUGGCUCACGUGGAAAAUCAGCCUUCCCCAGCGGACCGCGACGCGGCAGUGUCCACGUGGCUACAGGCGCUGCGCCCCGCGGGGCUGGCGGGCGCUGCGCUGGCGGCCGCGGACGCUCUGCUGCUCACCGCGCCCACCUACAAUAUCCAGGAGGCGCUCAAGCCCGAAGUUGUUUCCCAUUUGGUCUACAACGCUGCUCACGCGCCGCUGACGUGCGCAAGCGCGUUACUUGCGACGCACGCGCACCAUGAACUGCCCAUUCUGUUCCCACGACUGCUGCAGCUCCUCGCGGAACAGCGCGCCCACGGGCAGAAGAUACACGUGGACAAUGCUCUGAAGCAAAUCGGUUGCGGCCUCAGCUCGGACGAGCUGGUGAUUCACCAAGCCGCCGCGGCGCUGCUGGCGCCGGCGGGGCACCCGGCCCUGCCGCUGUGGCGGCUACUGAUGCACUUGUACCUGCACUCCUCCAAUAUCUCUUCAGACCCAGCACCAAUCGGACCUCUAUUCUUCUCCGGUCUCAUCAAAUCCAGGACCCUGGCUCAACUAAAGAAACGUCUGCACGAAACCAUCCUCUACCACCACAACCAAUCAGAAACCUUCAGAACCUUACUGAACAGACCUGAACCUAAAGAAUCUAAGUCUAAGUCUAGCUCGCCGGAGACGCUGUUACCGACGACCUCUCUUGGUGACUUGACGGAGGAAAGUGAGAGUGAGACGGACAGUGAGAUAGAUGAUGUGUCGGAGAGUGAGGAGAGGAGGAGGGUCAAUGUGAACAUGUUGGCGUACCACGAGGGCGCUGAAAAGAUGCUACGAGAGUACAGUUGCUGGCUGGAGGCGGGCGACAGGUUGCGGGCCACGCCGCACCAUGCGGACAUGGCACGGUUCAUACCACCAGCUGCCUUGAAUACAGCAUGGGCGGAGCAUCUAAACUCUAUCCGUCCCGCUCGCUCCAAUGACGAUGACGAUUUGCGAGCCCCGAGACAACCGCCUUCGCCCGACCCUCCUCUAACACCACUUCAGAGCGCCGUGCAGCGGAUUUUUAGGAUUGAAGACCGAUCUGAAAUGAGGGCGAAGGUACUUCCAAUCACGUCGCCGGUGGGCAACGUCGACUUCGACCACCCGCGGCAGCUGUAUAUGCUGGUCGACAAGCAUCUGGCUGACGUGGAAACCUUUGCCAGACAAUGGUCGUCAGACGUGAAUAGAGUCGGCACAUUGGAUACAAAGUUAUGGCCACUAGUUUGUACCCUGCGUUACCGAAAAAAACUACCUUCCUUGCGCAAGAUGUGCCCUAACAAUUGCGGGGUCGUCGUGAUAGACCUACAGGGACAUUGUGAGUGGCCCAUUUCAGAAAACGCGACUCGCGGACUGGCGGAAAACAGGUCAAGUGCAAAGGCAGCGCUUCGCGAGUUGCUACGUGCACGUCCCAAUGACGCUAAGACGGUCGCGGCUUUAAACACCAUUGCCAGACGCAUCAGCACCCGCGAGACAGCCGUGAACGUGGCGCAGCGCGUGUGGGCCUGCGCGGGCGCCGUGGCCGACUGCUGCGCGGCGCACGCGGCGCUCACGGCCGUACUAGAACUGCUGGCCGAUAGAUGGAUCUGCUCCGACACCGGCGCGCUAACAGCGCUAGUCCCGCAAUGGUGCGCGCACGCGUCGUCGCCGGCGCAGCAGGCGCUGUGCCGCGCGUUACUGAGCCGCGCGGGGGCGGGGGCGGGGGCGGGGGCGGGAGCGGGCGCGCACACGCUGUACGCGGCGCUGCUGCGGGCGCUGUGCGGCGCGCGGCCGUGCGAGCCGCAGCGAGCGUUCAGCUACCUGUCCAAGUUCGACUUGACACGAUCAGUAGACGAGUCAGCGCGCACUGAGAUGUUGGAAGCGCUGAUGAGUGCUGCGCAGCGCUGGGGCCGUGAUCCCGAUCCUGACUUACACGUACUUUUAGAGCUGAUCGGCGUCCACAUCAUAAACCUCACAACGGCAGGACAGCUCCCUACAGUGGCCCUGAAUGCAGCGCGCGCGGCCGCAGCGGGUCAUUUGCCGCCUAUGAGCUUUGGGCAUGUAGCGCGCGCCGCUACCGUGGCCAAACAUGUGCCCUUUGACAAACUGGGUCAUCUACUCCGUGAGCUGGGCGUGCUAUGGUGGCGCGCGCGCGCCGAAGUCCCGACCUCAGGUGCAACGCAGCACGCGCCGCACGCCGAGCACGUGGCGCUGCUGCAGCACGCGUUGCAGCGCGCGUUCGUCACGCAAGCUGUAGCGCUCAGCUAUGCUCCCGAGAGAGUGGCGGUCUACGCAUGGUCGGCAUUACAGGAGUCCUGGUCGGCGUGGGUGUCCCCGCACCCGUCCCUGCCGCCGCUGCUGUCGGGCGAGCCUUACGCGACCAUGCUCAAACAGUUCGUCGACAACGUCCACCAGUGCAUGUUAGACUGCCCAGGUUGUGAAGAGCACCUCCUAAGUCAAGUGUGGGAGUGGACGAUCCAGGUCUACCUGAAUGUGACCAGCGCACCGGCGGCUGCCAGAGAUAGCCGAGUCCAGUUGUCGGAGUUCCUGGCGCAGCUGGGCAAGUUGCCCUGGAGUGAGCACCAGUGGCCUGGCGCUCACUGUAUUCCCGCUGCGCUGCAGAUAAGCACAAGCACUGAUUUGGAGAUCCAGACCUGGCUCGCCGACACACUUCGCGGCGUCGAAGCCGGCACCUGGUUACGCGGCGCUCAAGACUGCGAUAUCGCGCCUCGAUUAGCCGCAUUGCUGCAGCUGUUCGCAGGACCGUUCCGGCUACGAACUGAGACGCUAGAGCAAGCAGUACACCUGCCGUGGCAGCGGCUGCCAGAAAUAGCGCUGGACCAGGCGCUCCAGAGGUUCUUCGUCGAUCACCACAACCCCCAGCAUCCGUACCACGACACGCCACAGUUUAGGGUAAUAUUAGCGGCUAGCGGUCUUGAGCCAGCUUGCGCGUACGCAAGGCCACGGCGCGCGUGCGCCGUCUCCCAGUGGACGCGCGCCGCGAGCGCGCCCGCGCUCGUCGGCCAUGUCGGCUCGCAGGCGCAAGAGCUGCUGCUCCUGCUCGCCGCACUCGAACCAUACGUGGAGGAAGGCAGUGACGAAUUAGAAGAACUUUUGUCCCGCGCCAUUGUCAUAAUGUGCAUGGAACCUGCAGCUGCCGAGGCUCUGCCGGUGUGGGUAGGAUGGCUGGGCGGCGCCACGCCGCGGCUGCUGCGAGCCAGCCUGUGGGCGGCGCGCGCGCUCACCGCGCUGGACUACUUCGGGGCGGUCGCCGACGCCGCCGCCGCGGCCUUCAUGAAUGCGGGUGGCACAUGGGGCGAGGUCUCAGCCCGCUGGGGCGGCUGCGCGUGGGCGGCGCCCGGCCCGCUGCUGCGGCGCGGCCGGCUGCACGCCGCCUACGCGCUCGCGCAGGCGCAGCCCUUUAGCGCGACCGACCUGGCCUCUGUCGGCUAUUUUGCAAACAAAGAACUGAUAAUAUCAGUAUGGAUCUGCGCACUGUGCCGGGCGGCGCUGAGUUCUAGCGGGGAGACUGAAGCAGCGCGCGCGCAACUCUCGCGCUGGGCGGAGCCGCCGCGCAUGGCCCUCCUGCGGGUCCUGUCCAACGCCGACGAACCUACCGACAAACACCGCCUCCUCUGCCGCCUAGCGCUCUGCCUCGUCACCCCCAACUCGGACCCCGCGAGCCUCCUCCGCGCUCAAGAAGCCUGCCCCGCCGUCCCUCAAGCAGACCUGGUGUCCUGGACCAAGUCACCUAGCGUAAAACAUUUGGCGAAGUGUGCUGUUGCACUGUUCCCAGGGUCAGAUAAUUAUUUUGCUGAAGAAUUGAGACUCGCAGGUGAUUUGUAACAUAUCAGUACCUAGAUUUAAAAGAAAAUCUCUAGGGUAUUCUAAAUUUUGACGUUUGCUAUUUCUUUUUCCUUAGCAACCUAAAUUCAAGAACUUGCAUAGAAAUUGAUUUUUAUAUUCUGCCGGCUGUACGCACUCGUCGAGAGACUACGAGUCAGACCGAGAACGAGUGUGACCAUACUGCUCCGGUCUGGUCUCGUCUCGCCCUUCUCCGAUUGGAUCGGAGCGAUGCUGAGAUUCUCGGUGAGAGGCUUUCGACGAGUGUGUACAGCCGGCAUAAGGUUGGCAUCUGUCCAAUAUCUUUGUCCAAUAUGCACUUGAUCAAAGGAAUUUGGUGAGUUCAUCAAAUUUGAGAUACAAGAAACACUGACAUUUGGUCAAAUAUUACGACUGACAUUUAAUUCAAAAUGGCUACGCAAAUAGUAUAAAAACUUAACCAAGAUAUUGGAUAAGUGGAACUUCUUCUUCCGGAACUCGUUCGAAGAAAUUUGUUCAAAUAUUGGAUAUAGAAAUUGGACAGAUGAAACACCACCCUAAGGAUGGUAUUUCACCUGUCCAAUUCCUUGGUCCAAUGUAUAUUUGCAUCUUACAUUUUGCUUAAUAAGAGAGUGAGACGCUAUGCACAUUGGACACAGAAAUUGGACAGGUGGAAUACCAUCCUAAGCAACUACCUUCUGAUUUUCCAAAAACUCCAACCCAGCCGGGAAAGUAGGUUUUUAGGGUUCCGUAGCCAAAUGGCAAAAAACGGAACUCUUAUAGAUUCGUCAUGUCCGUCUGUCUGUCCGAUUAUGUCACGGCCACUUUUUUUAUUAUAUUAUACAGACUUAAUGACAUUUGACAAGAAUAUUGUCACAAAAAUUUGCGUCAAUAUACAUAUAUAUAAUAUAUAUGUACGUACAAUACACAUAUAUAUGUAUAUAUAUAUAUAUAUAUAUAUAUAUAUGUACGUACGUACGUGGGUAUGUAUGUAUGUAUGUCGUAUGACUGCAGCUGUAUAAUAGAAAAGGACAUAGUUACGAACUUACUUAACUUUCAAGUAGGAAAUUAUAAUUUCUCGAACGCGUUGAAAUGCCUCUAGGGAUUUCGUAAUUAAUUCCGUAGUUUUAAUUUUACAUUUUGUAUUUUUAUAGUGUAUAUAUCCUAUAUGUUGAUAUUGUACUGUAAUUUUGAUAUAUUUUAUAAGUCAAAAGCUUUAUUAUUGUUAUUUUGACAGAAAUUGUAACCCACAGGUAAUGUAAUUGCUGCUUAGUAUGACAAUCUGUGUACGUAUAAGAACCAAAAAGUCGUAUAAAAUAAAAUGAUCAUUAAUAUCCAAAAUAAUGAUAGCUGAAAUUAUUCGUUAUGUGAAUUCAGGCAUAUUGAUAAAAAAAACCCUCUGAUGUUGCGUAUUGUCAACAAAAACGUAGUACAUUAUCCAUUUUUUGACCUACACCUCCGUCACUCCAGAAAAACAACAUCUAAAUGAAAAAUACGAUUCAAAUUCCAAUGGUUUGAUAAAUGCGUUAAAUAUUGUCUAUCUCUUUCUAAUUGUAACAUUAUGAGGAAGAUAGACGAUAGCGUGUCAUAUUAUAUAAGGUGCUAACAAAUUAGCUACCAAUAUUUUUACAGCUGUUACUACUCGCCUCCUGGAGCAUACUUAAGUAUGAAACAUUAUAUGUUAUAUGAUGUUUUUUUGGAGAAAAAUAUAAAACAAAUUUACUAAGUAAAACGCCCUGUUAAUGAGAUAAUUAAAUGAGAUCUAAUUGAACAGAUUCUAGAACCUCUUUUACCUAACACUUAACUGGCCACUUCACAUUAAUAAAUCAAAUGACACGUUGAUUAUGACAUUUAUGACAAACAAUUGUUGACAUGACAGAAAGUGUUAAACUAUGGAAGGUAGAGGCAAAGAUUGAAUCUCCAUAUGCAGAACUGUUGCAAAAGUGUCCAGCUGUCAGCUAUAAAUAAUAGUUCCAAAUCUCUCCAGAGUAGCGCUAGAGUAGCUAAGAACCUAGGCGUUAUUGACGGAGUGAAGUGCGCUGUCUAUGAUUAUAUUUUUUUCUCAAGUAUUAUAGGUAUUGUAGCGCCACCUAUUUAUGGUUUUUAUGUCGGACACUUUUUGGUAUAUGGAGAUUCUGUUCCUUAAAUCUAUCUACCUUCCAUAUGUUAAACAUAUUAUCAGUUAAAUGCACAUGAUGAAUAUUUUUAGAUACUUAAAUAGAUUAUUUAUUUUUUCGUAUGGUGAAUGAAAACAAAGAAAAUCAGAUGAAAAGUUUUCUUAAUUUCUAUUGAAAGUUAAUUGUUUUAAUGUCAAGUUCCGUCUCUUAAAAUAUUGGUAGCAAAUUUUUAACACCUUAUAUAAAUACCUUAUGUGCCAGGCCUUCUGCGUGUAUAACGCGUAUAUUUAAGUAGAAGGUUUCAUAACCAAAGUUUAGUUAAAAACCUUUUAUAUUUAAUAUAACGUAAUUUGAUUUGGAUCUCUUUAAAUGUAACUUUCGGACAAAAGCAUACACGUUAUGAAAAUAAAAGAUUAUGUUACUAC